GCGGCGGGCACACGGGGUAUAUAAGCGAGGCAGGGAAGGUGUGAGUUAAGUGUACAUUGUGAGUAAUCCCUGCAAUGCACAGGUCUUCGUUACUCGAGGCGGUUGUGGUGGUGGUGGUGGUGGUGGUGGUGGGUGUCGUCCCUCCUGCUGCAGCUGAAACCAGAACUUACGGGAGUGGCCCUCCUGUGGGGUGGCCUCACAGCGGUCCCCCUCUGUACCAAGGCCCUUACUCUGCCCCCAGCCACCUCUCCGUCCUGUUUCCCCGCGUCGUGCCGCCCCACAGAGUCCACCAUACCUACCCAGACUACGUGGACUACUCAGAGCCAAGUCACCAAGCAAGCCCUCUGGAUGACCUAACACUCCGGAUAGUUGAGGCACAGCGUCGGUAUGAAGAGGACUUCUUACUGCUGCGUCGCCUGCUGCAGGAACAACACUACCUGCUGAAGGGCACGCCGCUAGACAUCCCGCAGGUCCGUCCCCCAGUCUUCCGCCUCCCGCUCUUCCCUGGCUACGGCACAGAGGAGGAGGAGGAGGAGGAGGAGCAUGCCCCCUCUGACGGGCUGCCUGAUGAAGGGGACCAUGAGACAGACUACGAACACGAGGAUGAUGGCACCAAUAUCUUCCUGGACUCUCCCGUGCCAGGACCAGAGUGGGCCAUCAUUCCUUAUCUCCCUGAAGUGCCGGACGCGGAUGACCUCCCUGACAACUACAACAACGAAACACACGCCAUCCACAUUGUGAACGGCUCCCGCGUGGAAGUCAACACCACAACCAACAAGGAAACGGGCGAUUCCAUAACCACCUUUUUCCACACUGAGGUGAUCAACAUUCUCCCUGAUGAGGACCCGAAGGAGAAGGAACUCGAGGAAGCUGCGACUGAGGAACCAACGCCCUUCACCACCAAACCAGAGGAGGAAGAGGUCCCCACGACACAGCAGCCUGAGGAACCACCUGCAGAAGAGGACACGAUAAACGAAGUGCCGCCCUUCAACUUCCCAAUCCCAUCCGCUGAACUGAUAGCAGAGGAGACGAGGCUUCAGAGAAACGCGCCGAACCCUCCCACCACCACCACCAGCAGCAGCAGCAGACCAGUGGCGCUUCGCUCAGCCGCCUACGCAAGUCAUCCCCGCGGCGCGCUGGUGAAAGGGAAGGGCCAGAAGGGCAAGGACGUCAAACCCAAGGACCUGAGUGGCGAUACCUUAGUGAACCAGCUCUCCCGGGGCACCAAGGAAGGCAAGACAGAGGAACCAGAUGCUGAGGUUUUGCUUUAGAGGUACAAUAUUCCGAAAUGCUUUGUUCUCUCACCACGACUGUUUUCCAAGGCCUCGGGGAUGAUUGGUGGGGUUUUCAAGAGUGUUUAUUUUCAGUUAGUAAUGUAGAAAUGUUGUCACUCUGCCUCUAGAACCGUAAAAAACACCUUAAAAAAACUCGCGUAAAUUCAGAUAUAGACUUUUGAAAUAGUUGAGGUGAAGCGCAGAAGUGUUUCAGAAUUAGUCUAAUUGUUGGGGGAUUGUGGAAAGUGACGUGUAAAGGUUCUGAAACGCCUUUUCCCGCUCGUCCACUGUCCAAAGGCUCUAUUAUAGUUUGAGUGUGGCUGGUUUCUCUAAGUUUUUUUUUUUUAAGGUUCUAGUGAUGGAUUGAUAAGGUUUUUUGGGUUAUUAACAGGACAGACGAUCUUGAGAAUCCCGCGAGUCGUCUGUGUGGCCUUUGGUGGAAAUAGUCGUGUUGAGAGCAAAGUGUUUCAGAAUACAAGGUGAAGAAAGUAACCACAGUGAAGUGAUGGUUCUUUGAAUAAUACUCGUGUUGGUACUUGAAAUAAUAUAUCUUACCUUG